GCGCCGUCGGAGAGUUGUUGCCUCCUCCGCUUCCCGGAGUGUCAUGAAUCUCAGUAAUGGUUAGGACUAAGAUGAGACUAAAAUCGGUGCUUCUAGGCUAGUAUUUAUUACUUUAGCAACAAUUGCGCCCAUUCCCGGCGGGGGCCCGCAGCGCGCCCGAAGAUGUCAAACUCCAAGUCCGGUGAGCAGUGCAUGUGGACCACCGGGAUGGUGGUGACGGCCGCCGUCAUUGAUCCCUCCCGCGAUGCUGGUGUCCCAGGGAAGGCCGGCAACGAGGAGACGUACGUGGUGGCCAAGUACGACUACGUGGCCCAGGGCAGCCAGGAGCUGAGCCUGCGCAAGCACGAGCGCCUGGUGCUGCUGGAUGACAGCAAGCACUGGUGGAAGGUGCAGAACGCGCAGCGCCAGGCCGGCUUCGUGCCGUCCAACUACGUGAAGCGCGAGAAACCGUCGCUCUUCGACAGCAUCCGGCGCCGGGUGCGCAAGCGCAGCGAGGCCAAGCUGUCGCCGGCCUCGUCGCCCGUGGCCGCAGACGAGCCGGGCGGCGGCGGCGGGGGCCCGGCCGAGGCCUGCGGCACGGCGCUGGUCCGCUACAACUACGAGGCCAAGCAGGCUGACGAGAUCUCGCUCGUCAAAGGCGGCCGCGUGCUCGUCAUGGAGAAGUCCAGCGACGGCUGGUGGAAGGGCGAGCACUGCGGCCGCCUAGGAUGGUUCCCGUCUAACUACGUCCAGGAGGAAGCGUCCAGCCCGGACGAGGCAGCUACGCCAACCGACGGGCCAGUGGUGUUGGAGACAGUGGUAGCAUUGUACAGCUUUGCCUCGCAAAAUGAGGAAGAGCUCAGUUUUACAAAGGGCGAGCAGCUCGAGGUGAUAGAGAAGCCCGAGAACGACCCCGAUUGGUGGAAAGCACGCAACCAGUCAGGUGACACUGGCCUGGUUCCCAAAAACUAUGUUCAGGUGGUGGUGACUCCAUCACCGGCAUCAACCACACCCAAGCCUUCAACACCUGUGCCGCAGCCAGCUAUAGCACCACGGCCAGAGCUGCAUGCCAAGGAGUGGUACUUUGGCAGCAUCUCUCGCUCCCAGUGUGACCAGGUGCUCAAUGACCAUGCUGUUGACGGAGACUUCCUCAUACGUGACAGUGAGACAAACGUUGGUGAUCUCUCCGUGUCUCUGAAGGCACCGCAACGCAACAAGCACUUCCGUGUGCACGUGGAGGAUGGUGUGUACUGCAUUGGUCAGCGGAGGUUCUCCAAUUUGGACGAUCUUGUGGAGCACUACAAACGGGCGCCCAUCUACACCAGUCCCAAGGGGGACAAGAUGUAUCUGGUGCGGCCCUUUCGCAAACCCUGACCCCGGUGGCUGACGCUGCCAAUCUUUUCUACGAGGCCGCUUCCGGCCCCAGUUUGUACGCGUCUCUCCUACUUACUAGUCAGUGCCGUCGUGCUUGUCCGCCAUUGUAAGGUCUCUUAGGCCUGGCCUACUCGGGCUGUGCUGCGCUCGACGUCCUGAGGAGUUGCACGCUGCUGGUGAGGUGAAGAAGUCUGCUCGACGCGGGAAGAGACAAGCUGCUGCUGGCAGAUCUAUUACUGCAGCGUAGGUUGCAGCACAGGCAGAUCAAAUAGUGGGCUGCUGUAAUGCUGUACCUAAGGCGCUACAGCAAAGCCCGAAUUGAUCGCAGCAGCUUCCGAAAAGUGUAAUGUCGUUGCACUGUUCCUGUGCAGUGCUGGCCGACACUGCUUCCGAGCCCGAUACUUCAAAUAUCUAGGAGCAAAGUCGGAUAGGAAAGUAGAUUGCUGAAUUACUUUAGUUCGUCUCAGGUGCAGCAGAAAAAAAAUACCAAGGUCUUGACCUUGUUAAGCCACUGCAUGCCGAACAGCUUUGGUUGGUUGCAAAUGGUUGGAUAAUUGCAGUUUCUUCCCUUCUGCACUUUCUGGGAUUCUGCAGAACCGUUUGGCCAUGUCCUGCGGCAGCUAUGUCGGUAAAAACACAUCUGUAACAGCCCACGUGCCUCAGCACAUGCACCCCUCCCAAAGCAUUGCCAUGCGACAGUAGCUUACUUCUAUUGAAGGAGGGAGUAGAACAAAUGUGAAGCUUAUGAGCGUGUAUCUUUCUAAACAGCUCUUUAAUGGUCUCAGAACACCAAUAGUCUUGGUGAUAGUAAUCUGUGAGCUAUCUUGGGAUGUUUUCUACCGCAGGGUUUCUGGAAAAAGCUAGCAACACUAAUAGGAAUACUGAAGGCUCCUUCAACAGACUUAGGGCAUUUGCAAACAUAGGCUGUCAAUGCGUAGGUUGUGUACGUUGCAAGGUGACUGAAAAUUUAAAAAACCAAUACUUGGAUCCCAAUGGAACCACUAGGGCCAUGAGUAUCAUGACAUCACAUAUGCACACUUGGUGCUUCUGCAUCAAAUGCAUGCGUCUGAAUUCUGCACGUAGCUAUCGAACAUUGUCUUAGUAUUAUCAAAGGCAUGGGGUGUGGUAGCUCCAGAUACUUAAAUGGGAUUCAAAAGGCUUGUUGUGAAAGCUUAACCAAUGAUUCCUGUAUUAUGCAAUUAGUGCAAACCCAUGUAUGUGCCACACAGCAAGGAAGGUAGAGGGAGCUCUGCCAUGGCUGGGAUUGUGAGGGAGAUCGGUUAUGGACUCCGACAUUGAAGAACCGCUGUAUGCACGCACGGUAGCCAAGGUCGUGGCUUUACUACUUUCAUUUGCUUCUGUAUUGUCGACAAUAGACUUUCGUAAAGAAACCUUGCUGUAGAACACUUCCUGGAUGGCUUUUGCUACUCCUGUACACAGCUACGACCUAAGAAAAAAAUAUAUAAUAAUGCCAGCUCUGCCCACAGCCAUUACUGUGCCUCCCACAGAUCAUUUGCAUAAGCACUCCAUCAUACAGUAUAGUGCUUACAUUUUUGUGACAUCAGCCGGUUUUUUCGUGUUUCAGAUAGUUAAUAAUAAUUGUUGGGACUUAGUGUCCUAAAAUCACAAUAUGAUUAUCAGGGGUGUUGUGGUGGAGGGUUUCCGAACAACCGGGUGUUCUGAAACAUGCACCUAAAUCUGAGUACACUGGCUUUGGUCAUUUUCGUCUUCAUUGAAAGUGCGGCCGUAGAAGUCUGGAUUCAAUCCUGUGACCGGAGGGUCAGCAAUCUAGCUACAUAUCCACAAGAUCAAUGUGGUGGCUUAUUUAGGUGGUUGGCUUUUCUGUGUUUGUGUUGCUGGUUUCAGAUUGAAAACUUAUUGUCGUGGUAAAUUUCGUGGGAGAUCUUGACAUUGUUACUCACAUAAAUGUAAUGUUCUAGGCAGUAACAAUGAACCUUUAACUUCUCAUGUGCAUAGUAUUUACAUUAGACAAGAAAAAGUGCUUACAAGGUUAGAGUGGAAACAAGUUAGCACGUGACUGUCUUUCACAGGAAAAGUGCAAGUGCUCCCCACGGUCCUGUGGGCAGUGCUGAAAUUUUUUGUUAGGUUGUAAAAACCAUAUUUGCACGAAUUUAGCCGAAUAAAAUGUAGGUUGACACCCUAAAAUAGCACAGGCAAAAAAAAAGAGUACAACCACAUUUUAUAAAAAAAUUUAUUUACAAUGUAUUAAAAAAAAUCAAAUUUUGGUGUGCUAGGUAGCUUUAUGGCAGUUUUUGAAAGCUGUGCAGGAAAGCUAGCUUUAUGGGAGCAUGUGGGAAUCGUUUUGAAAAAGACUUUACAACUGAAACUAUUUUUUAGAUUCUAGGUUGACCCUCUAACUUUGAAUUUCAAGUUAAGACAGAAUGGGUCGACCUAUAACCGUGUAAAUACGUAAGAUAGUGUAUAAGUGAAAUUUUCAGUAUAAUCUGGUGAAGGACCUUAAAUCAUAUUUGUGAAUCGGAAGUUGAUCCCAGAGUGCUCUUUGCUUAGUACUGAGCGGGCUUGUGCUGCUAGCAACCGUGAUCUCUAUCACACUGUGAUGCGGAAAAUCUUGUGCAGUCACGGACUGCUUGAGCGGAACUGGAGCACAAUAGCUGAGGGAAUCACCUGGUAAGCAGGAAUACCUUUUGCAUUCGGAAUAUUUUUGUGGGGAGCAAUUUUCUGAGCUUGUUUAUGGCUAGCUUAAAAUAUAGAGCGAAUAUGUUGCAUUUAGUGUUUUAUGAGCACUGGAUUAACCCAUACUCCAUGUUUGAUAACGGGAUGUUCACGUAUGCUUCUCCUAUCUGAUAAGUAACAUGGAUGCCGCAUGUUUUUUUACUCAUCCUUCACAUCACGUCUCUCGACAAUCGCGCACCGUGAUGAGGAAACUGAUAUCCAUAGUUCACUCGAGCACAUUUUUUUACGUGCGCAGAUGCUUUGUACCGUUGCAUGUAGGCUUUUUAAAGUACAGUGUGUGAAGCACUUUAUAUGUAUUGCUGCCUUUGGCUUCCCAUGAAAGCUGUGUAUACCGAAAAGCCGUGAAUUCGGCACAGUCGCUCAUGUGUGUGAAGCACUCAUAAGUGAGAGAAGCUAGGUAUAAUGUGAUUGCAUGCAUAGAUAAAUAAUUUUAAUUUUAUUAUGUGACCUUGUUAAGCGUGUUUUCAACCCCAGGUGCAAGCUUAGAAAAGCUGAAACUAUCACGCAGGAACGCUAGUAGGUAGGCACCUGUUCAUUGUCUAAUUUCUACUGCACCCAAUUAUUUGUGAGCUACAAGGCCUGGUAUGGGACCCUUGCACUCCUAUGGUUGCACCACUUUGCACCCUACAGUCAAUUACAACCGAAGAAUAAAUAUGUUUUCAUACGCAGCAACCGUCGUUUCAGGUAAGAGAAUUAAGAAUGGAUGCACCAUUUAAUCUUGUGUGCUUACUUUUGAGACGUCACGCACUUCUGUGUGUUUGAGGCUGUUUAUUUUUAUGACGCAGAUGCAUGUUUUUGUUGCUGAUUUUAUAAAGGAAUCUUCAUGCUCCGACGAAUUUUGAGAUUCUCACAACGGUACUCAACCAGAAAGUACUUUACUCAGAGAAAAUGUUUUAUUUGGCAAUACGCCUAGUAUUUACAUUAACAGAGAGAAUGUGUUAAAAAAAAACAGCUACUUGUGUGGCUCUUUUACAGGGGCAAAGAGCAAGUGCACUACGAUUUUUUAGGUAGUUAUAUUUAUUCUUGGACUGUAAAUGACUAAAUGUGCAUGCACAUCUUGACAACUGUUGCAUUAUGUGCAGAUCUUUUCCUCAUACCUUUGAUUUACAGUGGUCAAGCCCGGUGCUUUUAAAAAACAGUCACAAUCCUAGCACCACCUCAGGUGUAUUCUACAGACCACUUUUUAAACAAUUCUUAAAUUGCUGCGGGGGAAAUUUUGCAUGAUAAAAAACUUGUGCACAUACACUCUGGUGGCACCUGUCGUGUAACCAAUUGCCAGCUUUUUGAUCUACACCAGUGGCAGCUACUAAAUUUCUGUGGCAAAUGAGUAUAAUGGAUGUUUUUGUGCUCUUGUGAAUUUAAGGGCUAGUUUUUUUUUUUUUGCUUUAGACAAUAUUAAUGAGAAUAAACAGACAAUAUUUUCUUGGUAUUGUUGUCUAUUCGUUCUCAUUAAUAUUGCUGUAUUUUGCAGCUAUUUGCCUCAAACUCUAUAUGUUUUUAGGUUCAAACUCUAUAUGUUUUUUAGGUGCUUGCUUGUCGGCUGUUUCAGGCUGUUUUACUGUCAUUUGGUACACUUGUUAGCUCUAAGUCGUGGUGCCAGCUGGCAGACUACAUUCUAUUUGGGAAAUGUAGACUACUUGGGAAACUCGCAAGUUGUAGAGUUGUCUGGUAGCACUUAACAAGGGGAACAUGAAACCAACUUAGGCUGGUGUAGUAUCCUCUGAGCGUUGCGCUUUUGUUUCUUGGGCAAUGGAUGAUAUUUAAUGGAGAAAAAAAAAUGUAAAUUGCUCUUUAGAGCUGGUGUCAAAAGUGGUCCCACACCCAUGCAUGGACAUUGUGGUCUUGAUUGCCGAGAGUGACAAUGGUUCCGAACAAUUGCCACGUUGCACCUUUGCCUAUAUUCUCAUACUGUCCCAUAUUUCUCACUUAACAAAAAAAAAAUACGCUAGCCAUGAAGAGAUGUUUUUGAAAUUUACGGCAUCCUGGCUGCUGCGGCGACUUCGAGGUGGCUUCCUCUGCCCCUCUUCCAAAUUUGCAUGCUGUCCACUUCAUUGAGGCUAUCUCACUUGAUAUUUCGUAAAUGGUACAUACCACCAUUGAAUGUGGCUAUUUGAAACAGUAAGCAUGGUGUGACCUACCUUUCUCUGUGCUCAUGACGUGUGGCUGUGAAUUCUGCUGGUGCCACAAUGCCGGUAGACAUUGGUUUUAUGUCUAGGCACGCAGUGUUCUCAAGUUAGAUACUAAGCACUGUCGUUACUUUUCGAUGUGCGGUAUUUCAAUUGUGUCCUCCUCAGUAUGCUGCAUGUGGAAUUUUUUGCUGCCAAAAGCAGAACAUGUAAAAAGAAUUUUUUUCUCACGGUGUACAAGUUUAGUCAAAACAAAAACUGCCAAUCAUGAUCGCUGUGCGCUAGAAACCUACCAGGAGCCAUACAACAGUGGCAGCAUGGCGAGGCAUCGGGUCUGUUCUGAGCUUUAUUCUCAGCGUUUCAAUAGACGUGUCACUCGAGCACAGCCAGAGCAGGCCAGUCGGGGAGAUCUUCCCCUUUACUCUUCCCUUCUUCCCUCUGCUGCGGCAGCCUGAACAUUCCACACAAAGGUCCCACGGGCUGCCGGAAGUGCAGCGUGCGUGCAGCUAGAGGCUUCCCAUCUCAUCUGCCUGCCUGCCUGUCCAUCCUGAGGCAGCGCUCAAGGACGAGGCAAACACACAAGGCUCUCUUGAAAUGCGCUAACCGCAUUUAUGAGGCUGUCUUAAUUUAUUUGACGGAUUGUAUGAUGGGGCUGUGUGCGACACGGUAAAGAUAAGCAAAGCAUGUGAAUGAGUAACAUUUAUUUUGCUCUGUGUGUGACUUGAAAGGGUUUGAAUAAAAAGUACAAGCCUCUGUG